CACACACACACACACGGAACUAUAUAUAUAUAUAUACCUACACCGGCGGCGACUGCGGUGGUUGCUUUCUCCGGUCCGAGGUUAUUUAUUUUUUUACCGAUGCAAAUACGAUAUUAAUAUUUUUGGAGUUGCGGAAAAAAAAAAAAUUAAAAAAAAAAAGGGUUUGACAAUAUUAUAAUCUAAUCAAUCAUCCAUCGUUCGGAGAUCACUUCACGCCAUUGUUGGAAGGAAACAGCUAUACAUACACGAAGGGAUGCAUUAUAAUUGUGAGUAAAGUUUGUAUUUGGUAUUGAUUAUCGGUGGGUGUGUUGAAGAAAGUAGCUGUUUGAAGAAGGAUUCUUCUGGUUAGACGGUGGGCGGUGGCAAUUGGAAAUUUUCGUUGGGUUUCGGCGAAAAUUCGAUUAAUUGCAGAUCUCUGAGGAGGGUUUGGGAUUAAUUGAAGUUUAAUUAGUGAAAUUUGUAUUGGGCUCUAGCUAAUUGGGGUUCUUUUGGAGGUGAUUAAAGGAUCUUGUUAAUUUCUGCUGAUUUUUGCCAUCCGCUGUGAAUCUUCGUCAGUGAUGCAUUUUUGGGGAAGUUCUUGAUUUUGAAAGGUUUUACGAAAGAUGAGUUCUUCGGGAGGUGUAGUUCAAAUGGGAAAGCUUGUGGUUCACAUUUCGGAGAAUGGGCACUCGUACGAGCUCGACUGUGACGAAUAUACCCUUGUCGAAGCAGUGCAGAAGUUUCUAGAAUCAGUGUGCGGAAUCCCCUCAAAUGAUCAGCUUCUUCUAUGCUUGGACAUGAAAUUGGAAUCUCACCGCCCGCUCUCUGUUUACAAGCUCCCAUCUGAUGAAAGGGAAGUAUUUUUAUUCAAUAAAUCAAGAAUGAGGAGCAAUUCGCCAUCUCCUCAAUCGGAGCACAUUGAAAUUGUCGAUAUACCCGAUCCACCAUUGCCAUCUUCCUCUCAAAAGCCUCAUCCACUGGACGAUGCUCCGGAUCCCGCGCUAAAAGCCUUGCCUUCGUACGAGAGGCAGUUCAGAUAUCACUUUCAGUGUGGGCAUGCUAUUUACAGCCGUACGGUUGCUAAAUACGAAACCUGUGAGAGGCUGUUGCAAGAGCAGAAGGUGCAAGAACGGGCUUUGGAGAUUGCUAGGGGGAAUUUGGACUAUUUUUACAGGAUUGUGCUGCAGAAUUAUACGGAUUUUGUGAAGUGUUACUCUCAGCAGCACCGUAGCCAUACGAGCCUUUUGGUGAACUUUGGGAGGGAUAUGGAGAAGUUGAGAUCCAUUAGACUUAUUCCAGCCUUGCAAACUGCAAAUAGGAAGUGUUUGUUGGAUUUUGUGAAGGAAGAGAAUAUAAGGAAGACUGUGGAGGAUUGUAGCGGUUCGCACAGGCAGUUUGAGAACAAAGUUUCGGAGUUUAAGCAGGAGUUUGGUGAUUUGAAGCGCAACACGGAGAAUUUGUUCUCUGGGAAGGCUUCGUUUCUUGUCAAAGACUUGGAUUUGGCAAUAAAAGACCACCAGCGGUAUAUCAAUGAGCAAAAGAGCAUAAUGCAAGCUCUAAGCAAAGAUGUGAACACCGUAAAGAAGCUAGUGGACGACUGCCUCUCAAGCGAGCUGUCAUCUUCACUUCGCCCGCACGAUGCUGUUUCUGCUUUAGGACCAAUGUACGACAGCCACGAAAAAAAUUACCUCCCAAAAAUGCAAACGUGCGACCGCUCGAUCUCCAGCCUCCUAGAUUUCUGCAGAGAGAGAAAAAACGAGAUGAACAUCUUCGUUCACAGUUACAUGCAAAAGAUCGCUUACAUUCAGUACACCAUCAAAGACGUACGCUACAAGUUCUCCGUUUUCCAAGAGGCUUUGAAGCGUCAGAACGACCAAUUCGAGCACCUGAAAGUCGUACGAGGAGUGGGGCCCGCUUACAAGGCUUGCCUCGCCGAAAUAGUCAGAAGAAAAGCAGCUAUGAAGAUCUACAUGGGUAAAGCUGGCCAGCUGGCGGAAAAGCUCGCAACAGAGAGAGAAAUUGAAGUUAGGAGGCGUGACGAAUUUCUGAAAGUGCAUAACACUUAUAUUCCUCGCGACAUUUUAUCUUCGAUGGGGUUGUACGAUGCACCUAGCCCAUGUGACGUCAAUGUAACCCCAUUCGAUACGAAUUUGCUUGAUAUAGAUCUUUCGGAUGUUGACCGUUAUGCCCCUGAUUCACUUUUAGGACCCUUUUUAAAGAGUGAUAAGCUGAGGAGAUCUCUUUCGGUAUCGAACGAUGGCUCUCAGUCAACCGAAGUCGAAGACUUUCACGAGAAGUACGAUUUUCAGGACUCACACGAAGAAUCGGAGCUGGUGGAGAUUGCGGGUACUAGCAAAAUGGAAGUGGAGAAUGCGAAACUGAAAGCCGAACUCGCUGCCAAAAUCGCCCUUUUGUGUUCGAUGAGUUUCGAGUUCGAUUACGAAUCUCUCGACGAGGGUAAAUUGGAGAAUUUGUUGAAAGAUUCAGCUGAAAAGACUUCGGAGGCUUUGCAUCUCAAAGGCGAGUACGAAAAGCACCUCAAAUCGAUGCUGAAGCUGAAGCAGAUGCAGUGCGAAUCUUACGAGAAACGUAUUCAAGAAUUGGAGCAAAGGUUGUCCGAUGAAUAUGUGAGAGGGCCUAAGCUUUCGGGCGGCGAGGAGGAAUCUAUUUCUGCUGUUUCAAUUGGGAAGGUUGAUCAUGAUAAAGGGCAAGAAGGGUUGGAUGAUAAUAUGGCGGAUUCUUCGACUAUCGUAAAUCCAAAUUUGGAUUCUUCAAUGCUGGAUAUAAACCGUGACAAAGGGUUUGUUUGUGACAAGGAUAAGAAGGAAACACUUGCUGCGAGUAAUAUGGCUGUUAGCAUGACACAACCAGUGGAUGAAAGAGGUGAUGAAACGGCUUUGGAUGAUGGUAAAGUAAGUGAUAGUGUUGUAAUGGAGUUGCAAAAUGCGGUAGCGGAAAAAACGAGUCAGUUAGAGGAUACAGAAAUGAAGAUUCGAGGAUUGAUGGAUGAGGUUUCGAAGCUUGGAAGGGAGUUGGAGAUUAGUCGAAAGCUACUCGAUGAGUCUCAGAUGAACUGUGCCCAUUUGGAGAACUGUCUGCACGAAGCUAGAGAAGAAGCUCAAACCCAUCUCUGCGCAGCCGAUCGAAGAGCUUCACAGUACAGCGCACUGCGUGUCUCUGCUGUUAAGAUGCGCGGUCUUUUAGAGAGACUAAGGAGCUGCGUUUUGUCAGCUGGUGUCGCCACUUUUUCCGACUCUUUAUCUGCUUUAGCUCAGUCUUUAGGAAGUGGUGCUGCAAAUGAAAGUGACGAUGAUGGUACUGCUGAGUUCCGUGAGUGUCUAAGAGCACUAGCUGAUAAAGUGGGCAUUUUGUCGAGGCAGCGUUCAGAAUUGCUCGAGAGACACUCGAAAGCUGAAGGUGCGAAUGAGAAGCUGAGCAAGGAGUUGGAAGAGAAGAAAGAGUUGGUCAACACUCUCUACAUAAAGCAUCAACUUGAAAAGCAGGCGAACAAAGAGAAGAUAUCUUUUGGCCGUUUAGAAGUCCACGAGAUAGCUGCAUUUGUCCUCAACACUUCUGGCUAUUUCGAGGCUAUAAAUCGAAAUUGCCCUUAUUACUAUCUCUCCUCAGAGUCAGUAGCUUUAUUCACCGACCAUCUCCCGAGCCGACCAAACUACAUCGUAGGGCAAGUUGUGCACAUCGAACGACAGGUGGUGAAAUCACCACCGUCGGAUUCGGAUCGUGAGAUUGGGUUGACUUUGACUUGUGGAACGGGCUCGAACCCCUAUGGUCUUCGUGUGGGAUGUGAAUACUUUGUAGUGACCAUAGCCAUGUUACCUGAGACCACUAUUCAUUCACUUCCUUGCUGAUCUUUUUUUUGUUGCUAAUUGGUGGCAGAUUAGAUGUGAUGUGAUGGAAGUUUAAAAAAAAAAACAAAGUGUAAAUAUUUUUUUAUUUUAUGGUUUUUCUUUUUAAUUUUUUUUUUUAUUUAUUUAUCGUUUGAUUUUCUUUUCUUUUCUUUUUCUUGUAUAGCUACUGAACUAAUUCAAUCCAUCUCUUUGUACAUAUACUUUGGCAUCCAAUGUACAUUUGCCAACACUUUUUAUUUUAUUUUAUUUUAAUCAA